GACAUUUCCAUUUCUUGUUUGUGUUCCGUCAUCCCGAGCAGUCAUCAUCGUAUCUUUGACCGUUAGGGGGCCGUGGCAGCCGUGGUGCUGUGAACUUCAGAGGUGCAGAACGUGGGAUGGGGUCGCGUUUAGAACAAUAUGUUUUAAAUUGUUUCGUGACAGCCAGCGGCUGCUCGGUGGUGCUCCCCCGUUGCCACGGAAGCCCGAGGAUGCGUAGUGCGCGCAGGCAGCUCGCUCUGCUAUACGCGGAAUCGUCUAGCGAGGUAAUUUGGAAGUAUUCUGUGAGUGUCUCGUAGGUCACCUCGCCGUUUUUUCUCCGCUGAAUACUAUGCAUUCCGGAUAUGAUACUUUUUUUUGAUCCAAUGAGAAUGCGCCAUCGUACAAUCUGGGUCCAAUGGGAACCCUUCAUCUUGCCGGCUGGCCAAUGAGAUGAUAGACGCUUCGUGACAAGCCUGGAUCUCAAUAUGGCGGCGGAGUCUGCCGCUCCGACGAGGGAAAGACAGGAGCGAUGCGAAGUGUUCUCGAUGGAUGCAAAGGAGCUCCUGCCGGAGAGGCAGUGGGAGCAACCAGUAGGCGGACCACAAUGCGACGCUCUUCAACAGUUCCUGAGGGAUGUCGAGGACCGAGACGGACUCACGGUGACCGACCCCGACCGACGAGCGCUAUCGUUAGCAUCCUGCUGGGUGUCGCUGAGGGCAUGGCACCAGGUUCUACCUUUCCAGGAUGCCGCUCGGGUCUUGUCAGUGGAGACGCUGCGUUAUUUAAACGGGCCUCUCUUCCUCAAGACGCCAGCGAUCUUGAGAACCGAGCUGCUCCUCGCCAUCACCAAGUGCAAGGUGCAGCUUUCGGCGACCUCGGCACCGUUUCUGGCGGUGUGUGAGUUCCUGGAGAGGACAGCCCACAGCCGAUUUGGUGACCCGCUCAUGCGGAGGCUCCUGGAGUACACCCCCUCGCUGCCGCUGCCCGAAGGCCUGAAAUCGUGUGACGCCGAUGAGCUGCUGCGCCAUCUGGAGUGCCUGCGGUUCUGGCGGCAGGAUGCCGUGGUGGAGAGGAUCUGCCGAGAACAGCUGUCCGUCCUUGCACGGCAGGAGCAAGAGGAGCGCAACGAAGAACGGCGCCAGACGGGCCUGGAAGUGGUGCGGGUGGGCGUUGGUGGGCAGGCCUUUCUCGAACACCUGCUCUGUGUCCUCUACCGGCAGCGGAGAAUCCAGGAGCUUUGCACCGAGACUUCGAGGUUCUCUUGCCACGAAGGGGUCCAGCUGGUGAGGGGCCUGACGCAAAGGGCCAACGACCCCGAGCGUGCAGACGUGGCUGAAGCCCUCGCACACGUGUUCCUGGUUCGGGACCUGCUGCAGGCGUCGCCGUUCUGCUGCACUCGCGAGCUCAUGGUGCUAUGGUGCCAGCUACAGAGGAUACAGGGCCAUGCGGUGCCACAGGUGGCACGUGCUGCGCUGCGCCUGCUGCUGCCGCAUGCGGCAAACAGCGCGCAGUUCUACCUCUUCUGUGAUGUCCUGUGGGAACAUUAUGGAAGACGGCUGAUCCCAGUCUACUUGGACCUUUUUGUGCGCGGGCUGACAACAGACAUCAACUCCCUUCAGAGCGCCAUGCACUGGGAGAACUGGGCCAACGUUCGAGAGAUGGAGGUGCACAUGGCAGGUGUUCUGCUUAAGCUGGCCACCCUGUUCCCCGAUUUGCCCGAAGUGUCGCGCGAGUGCGUCCUCAGUGCCUUCGCCCUGGAUCCCACGGAGGAGCGGCUGGCACAGCUCGAGAGACUCACCGAACAAGUGAAGGUCAAGUCGGUCAACAACGGUAACAAUGGCGGCGGCGUCCAGACCAGUUCGCCUCAAGAACGAGGUCCAGGUCGCCACGCGAUCGAGGACGUUGGGGACGGCCAGGCCUGUCGUUGCGGUGGUCGCUGCAACGAUCAGCCAGUGGAGCAGAAGACCAGUCCCGCCCUGGCGGACGGAAGACCCGAAUACGAAAUGGACUUCUGGCACCCGAUUCUCAACCAGCAGCUUGAUGGAGUUCCUUACAGGCUUCUCAAGGACUUUGUGACUGUUUUGGAGUGCGUGCGUCCGAGAAGCGUUAACCUCUGUUCCGACUGGCACUGGUACCUGGAGUGUUUCGAGAGCCGAAGAGCAGCACUGAGGAACUGGAGAACCGGCGGGCAUAGCAGGACGCCGCCUCAAGAGUACUGCGGCAGCGCCGACAGCGAGACUGACUCGGCCUCGGAAGAAGAUGAGAGUGACGAAGAGGCGAGACGGAGAGCCCAGCUGCACAUCAAGAAAGUCCUCGACAGCACGGGGAUGCCGGUCAAGCGCAGGGACAAACGGAGGGCAAACGCCAAGUGCAAGUCGUCUCGAAAAAAAAAGAAAAAAAGCUCGAAAAAGCAUAAGAAGGAAGUCGGCGUAGCGGAGAAUGCCACAGCGGAGUUUGGUCUGACAGGACUCGCCGAGUCGGCGGGGCUGGACAUGGCCGGUCUCGGCACGGCGGAGCUCGGUCUGACAAGGCUCGGCACGACGGAGCUAGACUCCGCCGAGCUCGGCCCAAUGGAGCUUUGUCCGACGGGGCUCGACGCAACCGGCUUGGAGGACGCAGGGCUCGAUUCUACUGAGCUUGACGCGACUGGACUGGAAACAAUUGGCUUAGAGCCCAUGGACCUCGAUCCGACAGUUUUGGCGCCGCCCCUGCAAGAAGAAAAGGCACACGAUUCGCUACAGGUUGGGAUGCCCAAGGUUAAGAAGAAAAGUCAGAAGAAAGGGUCCCACAAGAAGAAAGAAGGACUAGUCGCGCCUGCUCCGACUGGCGGUGGGUGCCUGCAGACCCUACGCGUUGUGCUGGAGCGCUUCGACAAACUGUCGGGAAGUGCACCGAAUCACCUGGUGAACAAGAAGAGCGGUCUCCGAAUUGUGCCCGUCAUGUCCCUGCCCAACAUUUCGCUAGACGACGAGUCUAAGAGGGCUUAUUUGUGGACAGACGGAGCCACAGCACCCAAGGCGUCGCCGUCAAAGCUAAAUCUGCCACAGGGCCCAGCGUAUCAGAGGGUGGCCUCUGAAUUUGAAGCCCGACUUCAGACCACGCCCCUGAAGCAGUUCUUGCGGUACCAGAUAAAGAGGCCAAAGUUUUCUAGCAAGAAGACCGUCCCUGUAAAGGUGUCGAUGCGAUCUGUAAAGGGUGCGUCAAUGAUGCCUGCCACACCAGCCAAGUCAGUAUCGAUCCCCAAAGCCCUAACGCCAAUGGCUGCCUCAAAGGCAGCAGCUGUAACCGCAUCUAAAAUGGCAGCUACAGCAGUCUCCAAGACACCGACGACAUUAUCUGCACCUAAAGUUGUCCCUGUGGCAGUUCCAACAUUGAAAGGGGCUGCAACACUGCUGGCCAAGACCCAUGCUAUGGCGUCCGCAAAGGUUUCACCAGUGCCGGUCACGAAAGCACAACCACAUGCAAUUAUUACGAAGGCACAGCCAGCAACAGUCAGUAAAGCACUACCGGUGCUGGUUUCCAGAGCUUUGACUACGGUUGUGGCAAAAGCACCCCCCGUGAUGUCCUCUGCGCCUGCAGGUGCCAAUCUUGCUAAGAACUCUCUUAUGCUCCCUUCGAGGCCAUUGCCGACUAUGGUUCGUCCAUUGAAGGACUAUGCAAAGGCUUCUAAAGCAGCAGCAGCUUCUAAUGUUCCUUACUUGGUGAAGACAGCGGGCGGCACUCAAUCCGCCGUGCCGGUCUCCACGUCUGCAAGUCAGAGCGCUGUAAUGCCUGCGGCCAUGAUAUCAAGCAGUGCUGUUGACCUACCGAAGCAGGCCGCAGAAACUACAAUCCAGCUGCAGUUGCCCACAAUGUCGCGCACCAUAACUUCUGCUCCAUCUCCUCUGCCCAGCCACAUGAUGUCGUUGCAGCAGGAGACCUCGCCACAAGUUCAAGAGUCGCCGCGGCCGGUGUCAGAACCUUCGCUGGGAACAUCCGUUCCUAAUGCAAUAGCAGAAGCCACCAGGCCGUCCCAGACACAGGUGGUGCCUCAAGUGAUUGGUGCACCACACAUGUCACAACAGGUCAUAACGUCCACCACAACGACCCCGGCACAGCAGUCCGGCAGCAACUGCUCGCUGCAAGCAAAUCAGCCACUUAACAUAGCCUCGUCAGGUGCUUCUCUGAUCACAAAUGUUUCUACCGACGCAAGCCAAGUGCUCAGCCAACUCAAGCAGGGGCAAGCCACAGUCCUCAGGCUGCCCGUCUACUCACGAGCACUUCAGCAGCAGGUAGGGCAGGCAGGCAUGAAGGCAGACACGCCGGGUGUGUGCAUGCUGCCGAUGAAGAUCUUGAACGCUGCCAUGCUGUCCGGCCAAGAGAAGGUGCUGAACGUUGGGAACCAGAAGAUCGCCAUCAAUGCUCUGCCCGGUCUACUGGCUGCCUCUACAAGUGGCUCCACGACGCUCUCUACGACGGUAGCCGGAACUGUUGCGAGCAGUGGGGCACCUAGCGUGGUUUCGGCCAAGAUUGUGCCGACGAUGGUCAGUGCUCAGAACAUGCAAGCUGUGCAUCAAUUACAGCAGCUGGUAAGGCUCAACACUGUUCCUGGUGCCAUAGCACAGAUGAACGCUGCCGGUGGUACCACUGUGCUCUCGGCAGACCAGCUCGGAGGACAGGCAGGGCUUACGAACAUCACAGCCCUUACUCUCCCUCUUCAGGGCGGGUUGGUUGGGGGCCGUGUUAUAGCAGGCAAGAUCAUGAUUCCUGUCAACAGCCUGCUUCAGCAGGGUUCCACACUGUCAGCUGGAGGUAUGCCAGUCAUCAUACUCAAGAACCACCCCGGCCAAGCAAAGAUUGUCACCGAUGCAGCAAACUUGGCACAGCAGGUUCAGCAACAAGUGCAGCAACAAGUCCAGCAGCAGGUACAGCAGCAAGUUCAGCAGCAAGUUCAGCAGCAGGUGCAACAAGUACAGCAGCAGGUGCAGAUUCAGCAGUCAAUACAAGCCCAGCAGCAACAGUUGCAGCAGCAAGUGAGGCAGCAGCAAAUCCAGCAAGCCCAGCUGCAGCAGCUACAGUCAAACGGCACUGCAGUGGUGUCGGAUGCAAACGCAGGGGCGGUUUCGGUCGUCGACGGCACAGGCACGGUGAUUGUGUCAGCUGCGGCAACAAGUGUGGCGGCAGCGGUGUCCUCGGCGGGGGGAGCACCAAGUGCGAUGGCGAUCAAGAAAACUUGGAUGCCGAUACGCAGCAAGCCGGGCGCCAUGGAGUACCGGAAGGCCUGCAACAUGCCUCCUGUGAAGGUCACAAAGGCCAAGUUGCUGGCCCCUGUGUCCUCACAGCAGCAGGUGCCCAUCGUGUACACCAGUCCUCAGGCCACGGUAUCUGUCACCGGUGCCACCCGCGUACUGGCACAGUCCGUCUGCAAGACACUCCCCAUCACCAAUCUGUCCGGUGUCACCCAUCUCACCAUGCCAACCAUGCAGAUGGGCGUGCCCAUGGCCGUCGUCACUCCUAGUUCCGUGGCUGGCCAAAUCACCGUGCCUGUGACGCAGAAGGUUGUCACUCGACAAGUGACGGUGCCUCUCGCGAGAUUGCUUCAGAAGCCUGCGCCGAACGCCUGCAAACCCACGGAGGCGGCAGCUUCGGCCCUCCAACAACAACAAAGCGUCGUCAUCUCCAUUGCACAGACACCGCAGGUGGCAUCAACAGCUCAGACGGUCCUGGCCUCCACUCAGAACGCAGCAUCGGCGACUCCUUGCGUUGCGACGACCCAAGCAAGCGUGCCAGUCGCCCUGGCUGAGGAAGACAUUCAGAAUCCAGCAGUUUCCGUCGCUGUGAGCAAGAGCCAGUCGGCAGUCGUUCCCGUGGCCAAAGCUGCAACUGCUGUGGCCACGAGUGUCGUGAACCAGCGCACUGGAAUACACUUGCCGUUUCCAGAAGACCUGGUGGAUCCGAGUCCCAGUGGUGCCACCUACGUCCCCGUGAACAGUGCCGAGCUGAUGCCGACGGGCCGGAAUGAGAGGCCAAAAGAGGACGAGGAGUCCGUCAAGGCUUAUUAUCGUCGCAAGAAAGCUGCCAUAGCCCAGAAGGCCCGCUUGGCAGCGCAGCCUAAGCAGCAGCCCCUUUCCCAGUCUAUGUCAAAGUCUCUCACAGCCAUCUGCGAUGCUCUUCGCUGCAGCCUCUUGGUUGCUGAUGAAGAAAAGAUUAAAGUAGACACUGAGGCAACUAUUAGAGAAUGCCAAGAAUAUGAGUUGGACUACUCUAGUGAUGACUCAUCAGAUUGUGACGUGCAAGACCUGUAUGAAGAGAAAGCUCUGCUGCGCCGUCUACAGCACGAAGACGAGUUAAACAGCAUCCUGUACGUUUCAGACUCUGUCGCCUCCGAGCCAGAUUGUGAUCCAUACCAGUGGUCUAGUCAGUCAUCACUGCUGCUCGAACAGUUGAACUCGGACGGUGACGCCAGGGACACCAUGACACCGUCCUCGGUUGGCGAGAGUAUCUUUGAAGGUGGCUCCAGCCUUUCCAAAAAGCUGGCCAUGAAGGCCAAGAUGGCCACUUCUGGUGGCCCUUGCCAGGAGAAUGGACUCCAGUCGCCUUCGAAGUUCACGUGCGACCGGUGCAACCGUGGGUUCUUCUCCGCGUACAACCUGCGCCGGCAUCAAAAGAACGUGCACAAGAUGGUGUUUAAGUCGCUGCACGUGCCGUCACACGGCUCGAGGGACACCCCCUCUCCGCAGCAGCGAGUCGCGGUGACAAAGCAGCCGUCGAGAAACACGCCAACGCCCCAGCCCUAUAAAACGCCAAAGCAUUCGCCCCAGCCCCCAAAGCGCACGCUGUUUGAUGUAGCCGAGGACGAUGAAAACUCAAGUCCGGAGAAGGUGUUCUGUGCUCAGUCCAUCGACGAAGACCAGAGGCUGUCCUUCGAGAGUCCUGGCCUUCCCUCAGAUUCGGAGGAGAGUGCUUUGUACGGCAUCAAGGACGAACCGUCGGAUCCUGGCAUCUCAUCACUCAUUUGCGACAAUGCAUCUUUUAACGUCAUUCCUCAGACUCCGCGAGACUACUUCUCGAGAAAAGAGGACAAUCCACACGAGCUGUCUCUUUCGGACGUGGUCACGGGAAGUGCGAAGCAACAGGCUCCCAGAAGUCUUGUUUCCAAGCAGGUCAAAAGCCAUGAUUCGCCAGAGCUCUCCAAGAACCUCGAUCCGGCGGACAUUCUGGAGUCCCUGGAAGUGGCGAAGAUGUCCGCCUGGACGUCGACGAGGGGGCCGCUAGUGAACAGGGACGGCGGCCCAGUGGCGGGGUCAAUGGACUGCGACGACGACGAGGUUAACGAAGCGCUGGAAGCCGGAGCUGGCCUGGAGAGCCUGCUCGGAAAGGAGGCGGGAGCCAACCACGGUGGUGACGCUCAGGACGACAUUGACGACAUACAGCCUACGGUGCAGCACAUGGGGAUGACCGACGACAUCAAGGACGACGAAGAGGGCCAGGGUUCGCAAGAGCCCUGGAACGCGGCUGACCAGGCAGCGUUGCUGGAGGACAUCAAAGCGGUUGAGUCUCUUGGCGAGUACGGGACGGACAGUCUGGACUUCUUCGUUGCUCCCCGUAACGUGAUGUCCAUUCAGGACCAGGAAGGCCUGCUCAGCUUUGCGGACGGUUCUCCUAACAUAGAAGACGAGGAGGAGGCGGGCGACAUGAGCGAGGAGUCGGACGGGACGGGCGCCGCCGCCGUCCUGGCCAACGAGAAGCUCGCGGAGCCCCGCUUGGAAGAAGGGGAUGAGAAACCGUGCACCAGCCAGUGUCGCACGCGCUCGCGGGAGGCGUCGGUCAAGCGCAGCUGCCCAUGCUGCGAGGACUCGUCACCCAGGAAGCGCUUGACGCGGAGUUCAUCGUCGAGUGGUGGCAAAACACGAUCGGCCACGAAAAAGGUCAGGACGAGAUGAUCCGCGGCGGAAUCUCUGGUGUGAGGUGGAAGAAAGUGUGUGGCCCCCAUACCACUGGAGGGGGGUCUGGCCCGUUGAGAAGCUCAAGAGUUGCUUUGCGUCUCUGCCUGUGAUAACUGUACUCGUGUGCAAUGGGCAUUGGAUUUGGGGAACAUGCAGCGCCGAAACUUCAGUGCCAUUCAAGGCCUGCCUGUGUGUGUGCAUGUUCUGUUGGACUUGUCUGCAUUGCAACAGAUAGUGCACUCAUUACGUCAUCAACCCUAGCCAUCCUUUUGUUCCUUUUUUUUCUUCUGUUAGGCGGGCUUAUUGCACCAGAACAGAUGCCAACUUCAUUGUGUCCUCUUUUUCUUUUCCUUCCCUCCCUUCAUCAAGCAUUGUUGUUUUUGUGGGUUGUUUUUGAGAUGUUUAUUUGUUGUUUGGUUGAUCGUAGCCUUAUACAUCAUUCUUUCGCGUGUAAGAGAAUUGUGAAAUGAAAAGUUCGUUAUUUUUGCUGCGGGCUGGCUGCAAAGUGUACAUAGUGUUUGUGUCUGAGAGAGCGAGAGUGCAGUCAUGUUUCAUCGUCGACAUAUAUUUUACUGAGAUUUUUCUAAAGCUAAUUUAUGAGAUGCUGUGCUUGUAACUUAUUUGGCCUUCCUCGACACCUCCAAUCCCGACGUCGGUAGAAUGGGCCCUGCUGUAGCAUUUGGCUGUCGACCAGUUCAUUUCCCGUUCAUGGCCAGUUGUUAGAGCAAAAGAUUCAGCGCUAGCGCUCUUUAGGGGCAUUUCGGUGUGGCUGUGGAAGGAGGGCACGGCUUUCAAAUACACACACACAAAAAAGUCAUGCGGCUGUCUUGUGUGAACAGGCAUGUUCUAGUCGUGUCUGCGUGCGGGUAGCACUCAACAAUCCUGAGAAAACUGAAAAUUGUGCUCUGCCCUGUGCGUUGAUAAAAGCUGAGUAGUCUAUAUAAUUUUUUGUGCAGAAUUGUGCGGCCAGAAGGCAUCCAACUGUAUUUUAACUUUUGUACAUAAAGACCUACCUUUUGUUUUUGCACAUGGACAAUAGUCUGCACCUGUAAAUAUCCCUGCUUGGAACCAAGCUUUCCUUUUUCUUUUCAAAAAUUCAAUUGUAAAAUACUUUCACUAUACAAUAAAACUUUUUAACCUGUA